AAAAAAAAAUACCUGACGAUUGUCCUCACCACGCCUCUCCUGGCUACAGAUUUCCCGUUGAUGGAGUAAUAUAAUCCUGCAAUAUGGCCUUGUGCCCUUCUACCCGCUCUAUAUUUUCACGUCGGUUUUGUGCAGCCACUCCCUUGACGGGGAGGGCUGUGUUGAUGCACAGUAUGUCCUGCAAAGUCGUUGUUGGCCGCCUUAACAGCACAGGCAGGCGAUUCUCAACCUCUCGAUACUGGAGAGACUCCCAUAAUGAAAAUAACUAUGGUACUGGAAAGGGCUCUUUUGGAUCUCGCCUGCGCUUUGCUCUGCGAACCACCAAGAUCGAGUGGUAUCCAAUCCCUGUCGGUCUAGGAAUUGGUCUUCUCGGAUUACUGCAAUUCUAUAAAAGUCAGCGCAAAGAGAAGGAGCGGUUAGAACGGGAAGCAGCCGGCGAAGUCUGGCAAGAUGGAAAGCCUCCACGUCGUGAAAGGAUCCGGCCGAGUGGACCCUGGCAGGUCCAGAUUAUGUCCACAUUACCUCUAAAGGCAAUGUCACGGCUGUGGGGUCGCUUCAAUGAACUGGAAUUGCCGUACUACUUCCGUGUUCCUGGAUUCAAGCUCUAUUCGUGGAUUUUUGGAGUCAAUCUGAGCGAGGUGGCCGAGCCUGACCUGCAUACCUAUCCAAACUUGGCUGCAUUCUUCUAUCGUCAGCUGAAGCCCGGUGUCCGACCUCUGGAUCCCGACCCAUCAGCGCUUCUGGCCCCCUCCGAUGGGCGCAUUCUCCAGUUCGGUACGAUUGAGCGCGGCGAGGUGGAACAAGUGAAGGGAAUGACCUACAGCCUGGAUGCUCUCCUGGGUGCAGCGACCCCUACUCACGCCGACCAUUCAAAGAAGUUUACAAACCACACCGAGGAGCUUGCUGCUCGACAUGACGCUACCAUGGAUGCCCACGAGGAGUUUGCAAGAGUGAAUGGCAUUUCCUAUACAUUGCCAACGCUUUUAUCGGGCGAAACAGACGCAACUGUGAAGAAAAGGGCAUCUCUGGAUGCCUCUGUUGCGUCCAAAGAUGUGGCCGAGGCCGAAGUCAAGGCUGAUCUCGCCCGCGGGGAUGGCGCUUCCUGGUAUGCACCCAAGCCUCUGUCAAACAAUGCGCUGUUCUAUGUGGUUAUUUACCUGGCCCCUGGCGACUAUCACCGAUUCCAUUCUCCUGUCCCGUGGGUCGUGGAGAGCCGACGUCAUUUCGCCGGAGAAUUGUACUCUGUUUCGCCCUAUCUCCAACGCCAUCUGCCUGGCCUUUUCACCCUGAAUGAGCGCGUCGUUUUGCUGGGUCGCUGGCGCUGGGGCUUCUUCAGUUACACCCCUGUUGGCGCUACCAAUGUUGGCUCGAUUAAGAUCAAUUUUGAUCGCGAACUGCGGACUAACAGCCUGACCACCGAUACCGCUGCGGACCUUGCGGCCGCCUUGGCCGCCAAACGUGGCGAGGCCUACCCCGGCUUCGUGGAAGCGACUUACCGCCACGCCAGCAGGACUCUGGGCGGCCAUCCUCUCCAACGCGGUGAAGAGAUGGGAGGCUUCCAGCUGGGUUCGUCUAUCGUCCUGGUUUUUGAAGCUCCCAUGGGAUCUCGGAACCCCCUCGACGCAGGUUGGGAAGGAGGCGAGCGCGAGGGAGGAUGGAACUGGACGAUUGAGAAAGGCCAACGCAUUCAAAUGGGCCAAAAACUUGGGUUUGUGAAGGAGUAGACGGCUUCAGCCAUUAAAACGGAACGGAACGGCUUAUGUCGUACUAUGAGAUUUUCAACAAAUUCGGUGUAUGUGUUUUUCUAUGCUUAUGGUUUGCUUCAUCACGCAAACAUUGCCUGUAUUAUAAUAUUUUCUCAUCCUUGACAGUGUUAGAUACCAG